UCACGCUACCUUGAUACGUCGUGUACAUGUUUAAGUGGGAUUCUAUCGGCGGGUGCCGUGGGUGUGGAGCGUGGGGAAAGUAUACAAGUUAUGGUACCUUGCUGUCUUGUGCUACUGCAUCAGCACCUAUCUACAUCAUCAUCAUCAUCACCACUUACAACCAAUUCAAACAAAUCAUCGCAUCAAUCAAUCCUCACACUUCUUAACCUGAGUGAUUAUCUACACUACAACACCAACUAUACAAUCGAACCCACCGAGCAUAUUCCGCGAACUCAUUCGACUUCUCAUCUUCACCACCCAUUCAAAUCCUAAACAAGCCACCACAAAUCAAUCAACCAUGCCAGCGGUAGCAAAGUCAUUCUGGCCCGCCCUCGCCACCUUCAUCGGCCUUUCUUUCACAUACACCUUCACCGCCGCGCGCAGCGAAGGAAACAGCAUCGACGCUGCCCGCACAAGAUGGCAACAGCAGAUGCAACGAGGGAAUCUUGCUUUGUCUGGCGGGGCUACAGACAUCUUGGAGGAAAAAACUACACAAUGA